AUGGCCAUGUUCCGCCUGCAGCUGCUGGUGUUGCUUGCCUUGAACCUUGUGGCCGGGCGGCACUCGAUCCCGGGCCCAGACAGUCUGGAUAUGACGCCCUCGUGUUAUUUUUACGCCCCCAACACCCGCGAGUCAACCGCACUCCUCCGCGCCAUGAUUCACGGCCCCGUCCGCCAGUGCAUCGGGCAAAUUGGGCUUGUCAGCUUGCUGAUUCCAGUUGCUGAGGAGUCAUAUGCGCUGGAUCUGACAGCGGCCCACGAAAGUGCCCCACUCUGCAUCAACGACAAUGGCUUGGUGCGACACUCGAGUGGCGUAACCUUUGACGUGGCUGGGGGCUGCUGUCACCAGAACUUUGCGCCACAGCAGCGUGAGGCCUUUUGCUCGAGCCUCGACGACGGCUGCACGGUAUUGCCUGUGGCCAGCCCCGUCAUCAACCUGGCACAAAGUCACGGCGAGACGUAUUUUCAUACCGUGUGGGACGUGCUCCCACGCUGGUAUCGACUGGUCGAGGCUCACCCGGCCCUGACAGCCCGAGCUGCGGUGGUGUCCAGCAGCCGGAUUUUGGAGCGCUUUCUUGGCACAAAACAUUACGUUCUCAACCACACCACAGUGGCUUGUAGCACCCGGGUUCUGGUCGCACCGCAGUCUUUGACCAUUACCGUGCAAGAACGCAUCGGCUUGCUUCAGCGGCAUCUUCAGCCCAACCCGCGGCACUGGCGAGCCGGACUGGCUGUGGCUCCAAUCCUACUCAUUGUCGAGCGAAACCCGCAAGGAGACCAUCACCGUGCCGUGGCCAAUCAUGCGGCCAUGGUGGCCAUGCUCCGAGGCGUGUUCACUCAGCAUCGCGUCAAAAUCUUCAGCUAUAAAGAGCAAGAACUGGAGAUGACUCAGCAUUUGUGGUAUGACGCUGACGUGGUCAUUGCUCCGCACGGAGCUGGAACCACCAACGUUGUAUGGAUGCGGGGCGCUCGGGCACAAGGCAUGCGUCAACUGCUUAUUGAGUUGGCCGCGCCCACCCAGACGGGCCGCUACUAUCACAGCCUUGCUGCUGCAAACAGCGUCGACCACGUGUACUACGAGCUGACCGAGGACCGUGGCACUUGGUCAUGGGGCAAUGUUGAAUUGAGGCAAUUGAUCAACAUGGCAGAUCAGAGCAAGCGUGAGGAUAAGCUGGCAGAUCUGUUUGCCGCUCCCACGGAGGCGGAGCUGGCGCGGCGGGCAGAUGUGCAGGAGAACGGCGUCAGCAGCAGCCUCGAGAACGAGGCGGCGGCGAGUGUCGAGGUUGCAGGAGCAGAGAACAACUUGCUCACGGAUCUGCAGGAGAUUGCGGAUGUGGAUGCGACCAUGGACCGGAUAGCAGCGGUGCUCGAUGCCAUGGAGGAUUCGGGCUCCAUGCUGGAGAGCAAGCUGCUAAGCAUGCUGGCGGGCUUUGGUGAGGGCGAGGAUGGCGAUGUUGGUGGAGACGCCACGGCGGCUGCGCGUGGUGAGAGCGUGGACGCCCUCGCCCAAGAAGUUGAUGGAUCUACGACCGAGUUGCAUCUCCUGCUGCAGCACAUGGCCGGGGUUGGCAUGGACGUGGAAGCGCUGCGCGCUGAGAUAACCCAAGAGCUCGGUGCAAACCCGAGCGAGUAG